GCAUUGAUCUUGACUUGAAAGAAACCUGAGUGUGGUGUGGAGCAGGUGGAAAUAUUUUGUUUUACAUUUUCUUGUGAAUGCUUCCCAAACCGAAAAGCCCCUCUCAAGCCUGCGAGGGUGAAAAGCAGCAUGAGGGUGAUGUUGUAAAUUGCAGGAAGCGACGUCUUUCAGACGCAGAAGAUAGACUGGAAGAGCGUCCAAGAAAACGUGUUUCUAUAUCGACCAAUUCUUUCUCAGCAGCCAGACGCAAUAACAUUUCUUCUUUGGUCGAUUCAGUCAGCUCAUCUACCACAAGAAACAGGAUAUCUUCGACUAGCCCGAGCUGCAGUAUGGCUGGGCUUGUAAAGUCCAGGCCGGCUAAAGUCCUUGGCAUAAAAAGCUUAUCGGUCAAAACUGCUAGUGGAGAUGCGUAUUACACGAAGACAUGGGGAGAGCUGAAAAUUGCCAUUCGAGCCAUCUUGCGGCAAGAAGCACUUUGUGUUAGCCAGCAGCAGCUCUUCAGCUAUGUGAAGAACACAUGUAACCAGAAGAUGGCUGCGCAGCUCUACACAAAUCUGAUCGAAGUCAUCGCUGAGCACGUCAAAAAGCAGAUUGUGAUGUUCCGUUCGGACAACAUGGACCAAGCGACCUUCUUGCAGAGAGUGCAUUCACUGUGGGAGCAGUACUGCCAGCAGAUGGUCUACGUACGGAGUAUUUUCCUGACUCUGGACCGCACCUACGUGGCGCAGACUGGCAGUGUGCUGCAAGUGUGGGAUGCGUCCUUGGAUCUUUUCCGACAGCACAUUGCCACUGACCCUGCCGUGCAGCCUCGCUUGUUUCCAGGUGUACUGAACCUUGUGUCAAGGGAGAGGCAAGGUGAAGCAAUAGAUCGGCAGCUUCUCAGCAGCUUAGUUCAUAUGCUAAUGGCUCUUCAGAUGUACGCGGCCAGUUUUGAGGGACCAUUCUUAGCUGAAACGGAACUAGUAUAUUUCGCCGAGGGCCGGCGGCUGUUGCUUGAGAACAAUAUGUCAGUGCCUGACUACCUACAGCAUGUCGACCAGCGUCUGAAACAGGAGCAGGAGAGGCUGAAUGCCUAUCUGGAUGUAUCAACACGAGCACCUCUCAUCACUUGUGUGGAGAAAAACCUUGUUGCCCUUCAUGCUGCCGGUAUUAUUUCCCGUGGACUGGACGACCUGUUGGAUUCCAACCGGUCAAGGGAUUUGAGGCUGCUCUUUUCACUGUUUGAGCGGAUCGACGGCUGUCUGGAUAAGCUAUGCAAGGCUUUCAACGGUUAUGUCAAGGGCCGUGGGUCGACGAUUGUGAUGGAUGCUGACAGGGAGGGCAGCAUGGUGCAAGACCUUCUAGAUUUAAAAGACAAGCUGGAUGUGACUGUGGAGGACUGCUUUGUGAAUAUGAACAAGUUUGUCAUCUCACUCAAGGAUGCAUUCACGGUGGUGGUGAACCAGAGAGCGAACAAACCAGCAGAGUUGAUCGCCAAGUUUGUUGAUGUGAAGCUACGAGCUGGAAAUAAGGCAUCUACUGAUGAGGAGCUCGAUCUGCUCUUAGAUAAGGUGAUGGUCCUGUUCCGCUUUAUUCAGGGCAAAGACUUUUUUGAGGCGUUCUAUCAGACUUGCUUAGCAAAACGUCUUCUUGUUGGGAAGAGUGCAUCAGUAGAUGCUGAGCGAGCAAUGCUCUCCAAGCUGAAGCAAGAAUGUGGACCUGGAUACACGAAUAAGAUGGAGGGAAUGUUCAAAGACAUGGAACUUUCAAAGGAGAUAUCAUCGGGUUUCAAGGCCGUGGCGUGUCGACUCGAUACUGACAUAGAACUGUCUGUCAACAUCCUCACAAUGGGUCACUGGCCUACGUUUCCUUCAUCUAACGUCAACCUCUUACCACAGAUGGUCAAGCUGCAGGAUGCCUUUUGUAAAUUCUACAUUAGCAAACGAUCAGGUCGCAAGCUUACGUGGCAAAACACAUUGGGUCAUUGUGUUCUCAAGGCAACGUUCAAUACGGGAAAGAAGGAGCUACAAGUGUCGCUAUUUCAGACACUGGUAUUGUGUUUGUUCAACCAGUCUGACACAAUCACUUUUGGGCACAUCCAGCAAAGAACAGGAAUUGAGGCUGCCGAGUUGAAACGAACACUGCAAUCAUUGGCUUGUGGCAAAGCCCGUGUUAUCACCAAGGAACCCAAGGGCAAGGAGGUGAAUGAUUGUGAUGUUUUCCGCUUCAACAAGGACUUCAGUCACAAGCUGUUCCGUAUCAAGAUCAAUCAGAUUCAGAUGAAGGAAACGCAACAAGAGAACAAUACCACUGCCGAAAAAGUCAUUCUGGAUAGACAGUAUCAGAUUGACGCUGCCAUUGUUCGCAUCAUGAAGAGCCGGAAAACACUGCCGCACAAUGAACUGGUCUCGGAGUGUUUUGGACAACUGAAAUUUCCAGUCAAGGCAACGGACCUCAAGAAACGAAUUGAAAAUCUUAUCGACCGUGAUUACAUUGUCCGUAAUGAAGACAACGCCAACGAGUACAACUAUGUGGCGUAGUUUUCUUCUAGGGGGGUCUGCACUCCACGUGAGUAUAGACCGAGAGUUAGGAUGUCGCUGGGAUGUUUUGCACAUACGCUUAGUCUUUUUCAUCAACACAGGAUGUUGCUUUUCACAUUGAGCCACUUGCAGAAGGAUGCUCAUUUCCACGUAUUGCUUUAUUUUAACUAUGCUCCUUUCCUGCGCUUUCACUUUAUAUUAGUCCGCUCGGAGGAUUUUUAUUGGCGUAUGCCUGUGUACAUUUGAGCCAGGGCUAUGGACCCAAGCCAGAACCUGUAUAAAGGCCUUAAGUUUUAUUCAGUUGCUGCUGUGCGAUAAUAGAGUUGAUGUGUAUGUCGUAUACAGCGACGGUUUCGUGUGUGUGUGUGCGUGUGUGUGUACGUUUGUGUUUGUGAGUGAGAAUCUAAAUUGUGUUAGCGUUGAGGUAGGUGUCUUUUGUUUUGCACGUGUGUUUGUUGAGUCACUUCUGUAGAUCCCAAGCUUGUAUAUAGUGCUUCUGCUUCUGUCUCCACCCGCUGCCACCUUAUAUCUAGCGCAUUUCCUGUUAUUUUAUUCGUGAGGCCUUAGUGCCAUCGUCAAUGUACACGGCUGUUAUGUAAACUUAUUACUCGCAGUGCAAAUGUGCUGUUCAAGAAUCUGUAUCUCUGUCCCGUCUGAAUCUUGCUGGUACCACCUUA